GGGCGUGGGCGGGGCCUGGCGCUGCAGCCAAUGGCGCUUCGGCGGGACCCGGUUUGAAUCGAGCUGUCGCCGGAGAGCCCCUCGAGCGCUCGAUGGAGAAGGGCGGCAGGGCGGCCAUGCGGAGGAGCGAGGGCCUGGCCAGCGACCUGGUGCUGUGCCUGCGGGAGGCGCUGGGCCAGCUGCGCGGCAUCUGGGAGGAGAUCGGCAUCCCCGAGGAGCAGCGCCUGGAGCGCACCCAGGUGGUCGGGAAGUACGUGCAGGAGCUGUUGGACAAGAUGAUCACUGAGGAGCAGAACCUCAAGAACCGGCUGCUGAGGGGCAUCCAGGUGUGGCGCAGCCGACUGGCCACCCUCUGCCAGGAGCUGCAGCUGGCUCCUUUCGAGGAGGAUGGGGAGGCGACCGUUCUGGAGCUGGAAAAGGAGCUGCGCACGCAGGUGGAAGACUUGCUGCAGCAGAAGCAGAAGCGCAAGCAGGCCCUGAAGGCUCUGCAGGAGCAGGAGCUGGAGAUCUGCAGCCUGCUCUCUGUGGCGCCCUCCGACAUCUCUGCCAACGCUGUGCCCAGCCUGGAGGAGCUGGACCGCUUCCAGCACCACUUGGCAGUGUUGGUGACGGAAAAGAAUCGCCGUCAAGUGGAGUUUGUGGAUACGAGGCAGAAGAUCAUCCUUUGCAUGGCGGAACUGGAGCACGACCCGGACACCAGCUUUGAGCGGGAUGUCUUGUGUGAAGAGGUGGAUGCCUUCUGCCUCUCAGAAGAGAACAUCACCGCUCUGAAGGAUCUACUGCGGCAGCUGGAGGGCAGGAAAAUUCUGAAUGAGGCUUUGUGUGAAGAACUGCGCUCCAAAAUCCUGGUACUCUGGGAUCGGCUGCACGUGCCUGCCGAGGAAAGAGAAUCCUUCGUCUCCUCCAUGGUGGGAUCUAGGAGCAAGAUUAUCCAUGCACUGCAGGUAGAACUGAAUCGCCUGGAGACAAUGAAGCUCCAGAAUAUCCAGAGCAUGGUGGAAGCCAUCCGGGCGGAGCUGGCUGAUUACUGGGACAAAUGCUUUUGCGGCGAGGAGCAGAGGGAGCGUUUCAGUCCACUGCGGGAGGCUGAUUUUACUGAGGAACUGUUGCGCCAACAUGAGGACGAACUAGCCCGCAUUAAGCGCUUCUUUGAGACGCACCAGGAACUCUUUCAAGCGGUCCGCAAAUGGGAGGGGAACUGGCGCCUCUUCCAGGAGCUGGAGCGGAAGGCAACAGACCCAAGUCGUUUCACCAACCGAGGGGGGAACCUCUUGAAAGAGGAGAAGCUGCGGGCGAAGCUGCAGAAGACGCUUCCCAAGCUGGAGGAGGAGCUGAGGGGUCGGCUGGAGCUCUGGGAGCAAGAGCAAGGCCGUCCCUUGCUCGUGAACGGGCAGCGCUUCACAGAUCACGUGGCAGAGCAGUGGCAGCUGCACCGCCUGGAGAAGGAGAGAGAGAAGCAGGAGCGGCAACUCAAGAAAUCCCGUCAAAUGGAGGAGGAGAUGAUGUACGGCAGCACCCCCAGCAAACCUCGGGUCCUGGGCGCCACCACCCCUGGCAAAGUGCGGACGCUCAACUCCACACCAGCCACCCCCAACAGUACCAUCCGUUCAGCCUUGAGAGGCUCUGUGUUUCGCUCCCCAGCAUCCCAUCCCCCCCUCUCUGGAAGCAAGGCUUCCCGGACCCCUUGCCGCACAGCUGCCAAGCCGUCUCGCCCAGGCCGCCUGGAGCACAACAAAGAGAACGUGUCUCAGCUGGGUGGAACUCCUCUGAGCGGUGGGUGCACCUCAACAGCCUCCCUCACUUCAGCUGCACUCCAUGCCAGCAUUAAUUCUAAGCUAAGCACGUAUUCUGAGUUUGCAGCGCGAACUGUCAAAAACUUCAAAAUCUGAGAAUCGACUCUACAUUCUUAAUUCUACAGUUUCUGCUCUUGACAGCUAAAGGACCAUCUGUUCGCUGAAAUGCCUGGGACGCCGCUGGCCCCCAUCCCUCGGCCAAAUGUCUACCUGGGCCUCUCUCUGGGCAGAGAGUUGCAAGGCCCUUUUAACGUACAUGCUUGUCAAUAUACGAUUUUAUUUUUAAAAGAAACUAACUGCACAGUUGGUCCACGUGCCAGCCUGGCACCAGCCUGUGUUGGCGAUGCUUCUGGGUUAUCCUUUUUUAUUGUUCAAGUGUACAUGAAUGGAACACUCUGAGGUCAUUCGUGUGCAGGGCUGGUGUGAGCAGCCCAGGUGCAAAAACAGUGAUGCUUUUGGCCCACGUGUGUCUUCAGGUGCCCCAGGGGCAAGUAGGCAUGUGGGGCACCAGCAGCGGCCUCCUUGUGAGCACGGCAAGAGCAGGGGCAGGGGACAAGCCGUCGUUCCAAUUUAUACGUAUACCCCACCCUGUCCCCUUGGGGCUCAGGCAGCAGGCGGCUUCCUCUCAGACUCUUCAGCUGGGCUGGCGUUCCGUCCCCUGGGAAAGGCUGGAGGAGGGUCGUCCCACCCCCUUUGUGUGGGUUGGCUGAGGGAGGCUGUUCCUUCUGCCUUUGAUUACCAGGUCUUGAUUUGCACUUUGUUUUCACUACAGACCCCAUUAUUUAUUUGCAUGCCCUGUUGCUCUCACGCACAGGGUUUUGUUGCCUGUUCUCUCCGCAAGUUGGAACCCCCCCUGGCUUGCUGAAGCAACUGCCCUGGCCUCUGGGAGAAAAUUUACUGUAAAGAUGUGGUCGCUUUAUGAAUAAAAUGAAUUAUUAGAUGUAUGUUUUAUAGCUUAACUGUGUACGAAAUACAGCAAGAAUGAAGCUA